AUGCCAGGGAUCGGGGUUGGUGGGAUAGGGCUGCAGGCACAGCAGAGGAAGGGGGAGGAGACGAGUGGCAAAGGGAUGGGGGGAAUGGCGAUGGGCGGCGUGGGAAACCCGCAGUGGGGCCAUCAGGAGACGAGGGAUCUUAUAGCGAUCCGUGCCGCUUUGGAGCGGGACUCGACGGUCUCGAAGCGGAACAAAACGCUGUGGGAGGCCGUGGCGGCUCGGAUGCGGGAGCGGGGUUACCGGCGCACUCCUGAGCAAUGCAAGUGCAAAUGGAAGAACCUCGUCAACCGCUACAAGGUCGACUGUCCCUUUCCACGAUUCCAUUUAUCGUCUCCUUCUGUCCUUCAUUCCGGUGAACUGACUCGGUUUUUGCGAGCGAGAGAGCCGCUUGUCAUGGUCCUAUUGAGGAUAGAUUUGCUCGGACUGUAGAUGGCGGAAUAAAUCAUGUACUUGCCCAAAUGCGCUUUCUCCAUUCGUUGCCUGCUGAUUAUAUUUUAGGUCGAUCCAAUUGUUUCUCUUUGUAUCCUAAGCUCUCGACUUUGUUCAUGGUGUUCAUGCGUCAUCGUCUACAAUGGUGGUCUGCACAUGAGGAUGGCCUGUUUCUAUGGCCUCUCGUUGGAUGAGACAACUGUAUGACAUGAUUGAAUGCUCUGUAUGGAUGAUCCAAGCAGAGCUUCUUUGAAUGCUCUGUUUGAAUUAAGAUAUUUUUAUGACUACUUUGUUCACUUUGCUGCAAAUUGUUUUUAGUUGGACAAUCCAAUUCUUUCCUAGGCAUCUUUGAAUGCUCUGUUUCAACGAUAUUCACAUUGAUUUUGUCUGAGUUUGUAUGGGCUAUAUCUCUGAUACGGUCCUCUUAUGAAAGACAACAAGACUUAGCUCGGCCUUGGGAGCAUCAGCAUGUUUCCUCUGGAAAUAUUUUACCGAAUGGAGGGAUUUGUUCAAUCUGGGGGACUGAAAAUUUAAAGAGCAGGGAAAUAUGAGUCUUCUUUUUAUUGAUCAGGUGGUUUGGGGAAGGGGAUCAUUUAGCCGAGCCAAGUUCGAUGGCUCUUGUGUGCUGGGCGGAAAAGGUGGAUUUUAUUAAGAUGGAGCUGACCAGGUUUCAGUGCUUCUGGCAGAUGGUGUUCAGAGUGAACAGAUGAAUGAGGAUCUUCCCGUUAGUGAAUCAGAAGGGGUGGUCUAUUUAUUUCAGGCUGGGGGGUUUGAUAGUGGAGGAAAAAGGGAUUUCGUAGCCUUCUCUUUGUUACCUGGAUGACGUGUAUGUACAAAAAUACCCGAUUUGGGCAGUAAUUUCCGCUGUUGGAUUCCAUGCUGUUGAACUCAAUAGGGAACAGAAGUAGAGCUCCUUCUAUGAAAAGAACAAAACUGGCCUUCCGGAGUUGAUCUGCAGCUAUUCUCGCCCCCUCCUCAACCCUCAAACAAAGAAGAAAAAUCUUCUUUAACAUUUCUUCUUUGCUACUUCCCAUUUUAUCUGCGUCCACAUUUUCUUGUAAUGGUUUUAGCAACUUAUUAUUAUGCAUUGGUAGAUUGGAAACCUGGUCAACGUGCAUCUAAUGUUUCUUUCCUUUGGUUAAAUUCAUUGAGCAUUUCGAAAUACUUUUGAGAUAAUCUAAUAUUGGAAACCUUUGUUCUUUCCCUACAGGGUAAGGAGACAUCCGAUCCAGAGCAUGGCAGACAAUGCCCUUUCUUCGACGAGCUGCAUGCAGUAUUCGCCGAGAGAGCCAAGAACAUGCAGCGGCACCUCCUCGAGUCUGAAUCCGGUGGUCCUCAGGGAAAGAAGAAGCUGAAGAGGCCCAGUGGUGACAGAUCCUCCGAAGACCUCUCCGAUGAUGACGCGGAAGAUGACGAUGACAGCGAAGAGGAUCACACCUCAAAGGGCAAGAAGAAGAGAUCCGAUCGAGGUCAGCCACAACGACCGGGGGACAAGUCGAAGUCAACGGGAAACAUCCACGAGCUGCUGCUGGAGUUCAUCCAGCAGCAGCAGCGCAUGGAGGCGCAGUGGCAGGAGAUGAUGGAGAGGAGGACCCAGGAGAGGAGGUUGUUUGAGCAGGAGUGGAGACAGUCGAUGGAGAAGCUCGAGAGGGAGAGGCUGAUGAUGGAGCAGUCCUGGCGGGAGCGGGAGGAGCAGAGGAGGAUGAGGGAGGAAGCUCGAGCCGAGAAGAGGGAAGCCCUCCUGACGACCCUCCUGAACAAGCUCAUCCACGAUGGCCUGUGA